CGCCCUUUCCGUUUCCAGCGGAAGAGGCGAUGGCGGCCGCCCGGCUGCUGCUGGCGGCGGCGCUGGGCGCGGCGCUGGGUCUCUUCGCCGCCGCGGGGAAGAUGAAGAUCGUGGAGGAACCGAACACGUUUGGGUUGAAUAACCCGUUCUUGCCGCAGACGAACAGGCUGCAGCCGAAGGUGUCCCCGUCCGCGGUGUCGGGCCCUGCACAUCUCUUCAGGCUUGCUGGCAAGUGUUUCAGUUUUGUGGAAUCCACGUACAAAUAUGAGUUUUGUCCUUUCCAUAAUGUCACUCAGCAUGAGCAGACUUUUCGAUGGAAUGCCUAUAGUGGGAUUUUGGGAAUCUGGCAUGAAUGGGAAAUUGAAAACAACACAUUUGUUGGGAUGUGGAUGAGGGAAGGAGACUCAUGUGAAACCAAGAACAGACAGACAAAGGUUCAUCUAGUUUGUGGAAAAAGCAAUAAAUUGGCUUAUGUGUCUGAGCCAAGUACGUGUGUUUACUCUCUGACAUUUGAGACUCCUCUCGUGUGCCAUCCCCACUCUCUCUUAGUUUAUCCGACUCUGACUGAAGCACUACAAAGGAAGUGGGAUGAAGCAGAGCAGCUUCUCUACGAUGAGCUCAUAACUGACCAGGGAUACAAAAAAUUACUGAAAGAGAUUUUUGAGGAAGCAGGACUUCUAAAAGCAACAGAAGACAAGGAAGUUGAGAAACAGAAUAAGAAAUUAAGUCUGGAAUUUGAAACGGUGGAGAAGUGCAGUAAGGAAUACAAGGAACUUUCUAAAGAACUAAAAAGACUUCAAGAUUUAUUGACUCAGCAUGGUAUUGCAUACAAAGGAAAUUCUGCUGGAAAUACCAGUGUUGAACAUCAAAAUCACAAACUGACAACUGCGGUGACAACUGUUCUUAAUGGGUCAAAGGAUGACGAGCACCUUCAUGGCGACACGGGAAUUUGGAAUGAGACUGUAUGAGGAGACCUGGGUGGUAAACAGCAGGUUCAGAGGGAAUGUCAAGCAAGUGGAACGUGUGUCGUGGCACUAAAAUGAUUUACCUUCUGCGAGUGUUUUUCACUUCUGCCCCUAAAGCGAAAGGAACAUAAUGGAGCGAGGGCUCGCCAUCACAGAGAACAGGUGGCUUGUUUCUGAGAAUGUUUGUAAAAUUCCUUUCCUAAGGCCAGUAUUGGGCAUAGGCUUACAGAUUCUGUGUCUCCAGUCCCCUCCUGGAUCAAGCAUGGUAAGGGAUGGUGUAAAUACAAAAUAGUUCAUGAUCAAUGCCAUCAGAUGUUGUAUGAGAGGAAAUAUGCACAAUAUUAAGAACAUGUUAUUUCAUAUGCAUGUUUAAAUGUUUUCUGUGCAGACUUUAGCAGAAAAAGAAACGUUUUCUGCUGCAGCAGUGCAUUAUGCACCACCCCAGCCACCCGCGGGAGUGGAUGUCAUCUUUGGGUAGCGGGUGGGUAAAAUGAAAAGCAGUUCAGCGUCUGAUGGAAAGGUGCUAUGAAAAUACCAAAUUGUUAUAAAAGAAUAGUUGUGUCAAGGGAAUACAUGGCAAUUCUCUGUAUGUAAUAUGAAAUAAAGUGGACUUUUCCAACACCA